AUGCCCCGAGACCACUCCAGAUCACAGUCGCCCGUCUCGCGGCCCUCUGGCGACAGGCAUUAUCGGGACCGCAGCGACCCUCCUAAACGUAAACACAAUUCCGACGAAGCAUCGCACCAGCCUUACAGAAAGAAGGUCCAGCUGCCAAAAAAGGAACACCAGUACCCUUCCGUCAACGAAUUGAAGAAACGCAUUCGCGAUGUCAAACGUCUUUUGAACCGAGUGGAUCUCCCGGCAGAUGCGCGCAUUGUGCAGGAGCGUGCCCUCGCUGGUUACGAGAAUGAUCUAGAGGAGGAAGAGAACCGACGGGAGCGGUCGAAGAUGAUCAAAAAAUACCACUUUGUUCGAUUCUUGGAUCGAAAAACCGCUUCCAAAGAUGUCAAGCGCCUAGAACGUCGCCAAAAGGAGGUUUCAGACUCCGAUCUAGACUCCGCAGCCAAAGAACAGAAACUCGCCGCUCUUGCGCAAAAGCUCCGAGUCGCUCGUGUCAAUUUGAAUUACACCAUCUACUAUCCUCUAGCGGAGAGAUAUGUCGCUCUAUACGCUGAUGCGAAGAAGAAAAAGGAUCAGGCGAAGGAUGGAGACAACGAUGAAGACGGCGAUGCAGGCUAUACACUUGUUCAUGCGAAUGCUGCUGAUAAGCCAGCUAUGUGGCACACCGUGGAGAAGUGUAUGAAGGACGGAACCCUCGAACUUCUGCGCGAUGGAAAAUUGAAGAACGGAGAGUCUGGUACUGAAACAAAGAAGAAAGCCAACAUGGACAAGAAGAAGACCAGUGUUCGUGAUUCUGCGCAGCACAAGGACACCACGAAGACUAGCGUCAAGCCGCAAGGAAGAGAGGACAAGAAAGCGAAGGACUCGAGAGGAUCUUCCAAGAACGAUAGUCGCCAUACCCGGGCACGCCAGAGCUCACCUGAUGACAAUGGCGAUGAGAGCGACGGGGGUUUCUUUGAGAUGUAA